GAAACAAACCUGGAAUGUUGCCUUGAUUCUUUCAUGCAUGUUUGAGAAGUACUUUAAUCUCCCAUGGCAACCAUUCUGCUGUGCAAAACGUCUUGAUGGGCCUAGCUCCGCCUUUGAAACGCAGCUCCUCUGAGCUUCCACCUCACAGAGCAGCCCAGACCAGCCAGCAGCAAUUAGCAAACACCUAGUGGAGCUGUGUGUCUGCUGAGCUCAUGAGAGGAGCUAAAAGGUUUGUAGAGGAGGUUAAUGUCCGACUUCCUGAAAGUGGAGUUUCAGAGCGAGCAGAAGUUUUUAAAGAGGAAGUCAAAUUUCUUUUACAUCAUAAUUGAUUUAUACGGCAUUUUUAUAGCAACUGAAGGUUACAUAGUUACUGUUGUGAAAUGAGACUACGUGCCUGGAAAAUACAUAUAUUUCAGUUAUGUGAAAUAUUUCAGUAAUAAUAAAAAUAACAAUGUGAGUGCUUUUACUGCUCAAACUCUAUGUCAAAAUAUGUGUUUUAUUACAGAUAUUGAUGCUGUGAAACAGAAAUCCUUUUACCUAAUGAAUCAAAUUUAGGAAACGACGCUGUUGAUGUUUUCUAGACAGAGAAUUGUACCGCAAGCGUUAGAAAUCUUUUUUAUAUCGUAUUAGAUUUGAUUAAAUGAUUUAAUCACAGCUGACAUCAAAUCAAACAAUACAGUCUGUCAUUCUCAGUGUUUCCUCUGCACUGCUGCUGUUUGCUAGUUCUCUUAUGAAACAUUUUUCAUCUACCCACUCAAAGCUUCAGGGUACUCAGCGUUACAGCAUCCUUUAAAUGCUCUCCAGACUCUAAUUUGCUCUCUUAUUAAAUCCGUUUUUCUUGACAAUGACACCAGGUUUGUUUCAAUCCUUUUUUCUGCUGUCACUAUAAGGAAUGAAGCCAGGCGGCCAUCCUCCAGCUCUGUUAUUCUGUAUAAAUCCUUUUUCUUUGUGCAAUUAACUUCCUUCUCCAAUCAGCAAAAACAAAUUGCUCUGUUGUGAUCAAUGAUAGGAACAGUGCCGAUCAGAUAAAGGACUGUAUAGCACAUUUCAUUGGUCCAGUGGCUUCAGAUGGAGUCUUACUGUGCAUAUAAAUGUUGAUUUAUUAGAUACCAGAUAAAUGAUUCCAUUCAACUACUGAUUUUUAUGGAAAAAAUGUCAAAAUAAAAGAUGUUUUUAAUAUGGUGUGUUGGUUUCUUUACACAUAUGGACCACUUUGUGUCAGUCCAUCAGAAAAAUAAAUUGCAAUAAAAUACAUUUAAAUUUGUGAUUGUAUCUUGACAAAAUGGGGAAAUGGGUCAGUUUCAUACUAUUUCAUUCAAAAAAAUAAUAAAAGCUCCGUUAAACUAAAAAGUUGUUGCUGCAGAUUUUCUUCUAUCUUCGAUUGAUCAGCUGAUAUUUUUAGCCCUCUGCCUCGCUCAUUCUCUACCUCUGCAGUCAGAUGAAGAGGCAGCUGGUGAGACUGAACCAGAACCAGGCUGCAGGUCCAGAUGGUGUCAGUUUCAGGGUCCUGCAGAACUGUUACAGACCCACUAUGUGGGGUUCUGAAGCACCGCUUCUGCCUCAGCCUGACUGAAAACUAUCGGCCUCCUGGCCCACCUGACCAGGAGGCCUACUGCACCUACUGCAGAUUGGCUAUUUCAUGGAGCUACAGCUGAAGACCUCAUCAUACAAAGCAGGCAGCACAGUGAGGAUCGUGUUCUUUGAUUUCUCCAGAACAUUUAGCACCAUUCAGCCUGAUUUGCUUUGUCAGAAACUCCAAAAAGUCUCAGCUGGAGGCCUCAACAAUCGCCUGGAUUAAGUAUCAUCUGACAAACAGACCACAGUUUGUGAGAUCAUAAGGUUCUGUCUAACUAGAACCAGGAGAACCACAGCCAACCGUUCUCUCACCGUUUUUUUUCACUCUGUACACUUUGAACGUCCAGAACAAGUCCUAGUCCUACCACCUGUGGAAGAUACAUAGAUGUCUCUGCUGUUGUCAUGUGUAUGAGUAAGGGUUAGUGACCAGGGGAGCUGGUCUGGAGGACACCAGGAGAACCGUUUCUUGCCUUGUUUUGUUUGUAUGUCCAUUCAUGUGGUGUGUGUCCCACUGUGUCACAUCAUAGCAUCAUAGGCAGUGCAGGAAAACAUUCAUAGCACAGGUGGAUGUUGGCAUGUAGGUCACCUACAGUUAAUGAUUCAGCACAAAAUUAAGGAGGUAGUUCAUUUUUUAAAGAAUCUUAUGUCCGUUAGAGCAUCUCUAGUGAAAACUCUCCACACAAUAGGUCCUGAUGCUACAUUCAAAGUUUAUGUCUGGAUUUACUGUGUCGGGCUUCUUCUGGUGCAGAAUUAUAACAAAUGUCUCACCUCAAUGACAUAAAAGUCAGAUAAAGUGCGACAUGUCCGUUGUGACCACAGACACUUUGAAAACUUGAAAACAACAGGAAACGUAGAUUUAGCAUCAUAUGUGGAAGUGACACAAAUCAAUCUUUUCAGGGAUGGAAAGAGUUUAAAAAGAUCUGAAUUUGACCACUUAGGUUUCAAUCAAAAAGUUGGAUGUGGGUUGCAUUUGUCUGCUGUAUGAAUGUAACUGUGGAGUCCUCACAUAGCUGAUUUUUUUCGACGGUGUGGCCUUGUGUUUAGAUGGUGGCCGAAAAAGAGACUCGCCCUGGACACCAUUCAUGCAAGGACCGCCACUGCCAAACACUAAUAAUCAGACCAGAAAGGGUCUCACUAAAAAUUAUACUUCUUCAUUUCAUCUGAGUGUCUUAAAAACAAUCACAUAAAUCUGACAGAUAGAUAAAAGCCAAACAGCAGCAAUUGCCCCAUAAAAACCACCAGCUUUAUAACAGGUAACUGUCCUCGCUCUGUAAUUGGUCUAAAACGCCCCCCUACAUCUCUCCCCCCCGCCCCCCAGCAGAGAUCAUGGCCCCACAUGAGGGAGCCUGGGCUGCAGUCGGCGGCGCGGCUCAGUCUGCCUCCUCCUCGCCGCGUCCCGGUUCUCAUCCCCGGCGCUGCCGCCAGGAUCGAUCAUGUUGUAUCUCGGGAUGUUUUCCACGGCUGGCCCGCACGAUGCCGCCUGAUGCGGAUGCAUGAGUGUGUGGCAAACUGAUUCAGACCGCAGCAGAUGUGAGAUGCCCUUGCCUUCGCCAUGGCCAAAGGUCCGUUUCCAUGGGGGGUCUUAAGAAAGCCUCUGUACGUCCAGGCCAGAUUCUCCUACCUACACAUGAAGUACCUGUUCUUCUCCUGGCUGGCUGUGUUCGUAGGAAGCUGGAUUGUGUAUGUGGAGUACUCGACCUAUACAGAGCUCUGUCGAGGACACGACUGCAAAAAUUCCAUCUGUGACAAAUACAGGAAAGGAGUCAUCGAUGGCACAGCCUGCAGCAGCCUGUGUGAGAAGGAAACACUUUACCUGGGGAAGUGCUUCACUGCCAAACCUAACAGCCAGGUUUACUCAGGAAACUGGGGAGAUUUACAAGGAGUCAUUAAGUGCCAGAUGGAGGAGGCCCCCCAUUAUGAUCUUGGAGGCGAGAUGGAGCCUAGAAAGGAGGCUGCUCCUGCUGCUUUCAACAAGCCCACCAAGGGAACCUCAGUGGAAAAGUUCAGAGAGAUGAUAAUCAGUCACCUGAAGGCAAAAGUCGGGGAUCAAGCCAAUCUCGCAGACCUGGCAACCCAGGUAUUGUCCUUUACAGAUUCCAAUAAAGACGGCCAUAUCUCGCUGCCAGAGGCUCACUCCACGUGGGCCCUGCUGCAGCUCAACGAGUUCCUGUUGGCGCUCGUCCUGCAGGAACGAGAUCACACACCCAAGCUGCUCGGCUUCUGUGGAGAUCUGUACAUGAUGGAGAAGGUUCCGUACUCUCCCCUGUACGGCAUCAGCCUGCCUUGGAUCGUUGAGCUGUGGAUUCCUGCCGGUCUGCGGCGCAGCAUGGAGCAGUGGUUCACCCCCUCGUGGCCCCACAAGGCCAAGAUCGCCAUUGGCCUGCUAGAACUGGUCGAGGACAUUUUCCACGGCACCUACGGAAGCUUCCUCAUGUGUGAUGUGAGGACUACCACCUUUGGCUACAACGAGCGGCAUGACUUUAAGGUCGUGGAUGCACGCUACAUCAUUCCUGAAGCCACCUUCCAGGAAAGAAUCAGACAACAGCGCUGCGACGUAGACGAGGACUGUCUGUAUGGGACCAACUGCCUCACUAGCUGCGACCUCACCAAGCAUCGCUGCACACCUGAGGUCACCAGGCCAAACUUGGCAAAAGUCUGUGACACCCUUAAGAAUUACAUCCUAAGAGGAGCACCGUCUGACCUGAGCGAUGAGCUUGAGAAACAGCUCUAUGCUUGUAUGGCAUUGAAAGGUUCAGCAGAACAGAUGGAGAUUGAGCACUCCCUCAUUCUGAACAACCUUAAGACUCUACUGUGGAAGAAAAUCUCCCAUACAAAAGACUCCUAAUCAAGACACCUGGGCGUUCUUGCUUCUUUAAAACGGACAAUCAGUUUCAUAGUGGAAGCAUUCCACUUAUAUUUAAUAUUACUUAUAUACAUGAUUUAAUUAUAAAGCUGUCUUUUCAGUCAUUUCAAUAUCACCUCAUGUAUAUUUAUACCACAUAGUAAACAUCGAACGGUUACCGGUAUCAAGUUAUAUCUCAUCAUAAUAGACUAGCUUAGAAAAGGUGAUUUGUUUCAGUAAUUCAGUUCAAAUAGUUUGACUUACUCUAUACAGUUCACUGUGGCUGCGUCUCAGACUGGUAACAGGAGUCCAGUUUGAGGUGUUUGGGGCUUUGUGACAUAGAAAAUGGGUUCACCAUGGUCAUGAAAGAAUGGACACAGUCAGCAACAAUAAUCAGGUUUAAACAAUGGUCAUAUGGUCUCAAGAGGCACAAAGUAUCCCAAGAUGUAUUUGCCAAACCAUUAUACUACCACAAGUCUGAACCACUGAUGUUUUAUGUUGCUUACACUAAAUUCUGACCCUAGCAUAUGAACAAUGAAGCAAGAAUCAGGACUCAUCAGACCAGGCAACGUCUUUCCACUCUGGUGUUGUCUGAUUGUGAUAGAUGUGGGGGGGGGGGGGUUUAUAUGUAGUUCUUCUGCUGCAGAAUCUACCCUGCUCCAGGGUUUAAUAUGUUCCAUUAUCAGAAAUAGUAUUCUUCAUUCUUUGCUUGUCACAAGUGGUUAUUUGAGCUAGUGUUGCCUGUCGAUCAGCUGGAGCCAGUCUAUCCAUUCAUCGACAUCUAUGAGGUAUUUCCAUAUAUUGCUAUUAGCUGUAUAAGUUAUCUUUUUUGGACCACUCUCUGUAAACUCAAGAGACGGUUGCGUAUUUCAAUCCAUGUUUUAUCAUCUACAACAAAUUCCUACCCUGCCAUCUUAAUCGGCAAUUUCUGAAAUACUCAAACCAGCCUGUCAGGCACCAGCCUCUGUCUGUGCCACAUUCAAAUUAACCCUUUUCUGCAGCUCGGAUGGAACACCUCGUCUUCACCACGUCUUUAUGCCUAAAUGUUUGGAGUUUCUGCCAUAUGGUUUAAUUGGGGGUUUCCAACCCUACUCCUUGAGGUCUACCUUUCUACAGCUGUUAGAUGCAUCCCUGCUCUAACACAGCAGAAUCAAAUGAUUGAAUUACCUCUUCAGCGUGCCAUCAAGUUUAGCAAAGGCCUGGUAACAAACUAUUCAUUUGAUUCAGGCGAGUUGGAACAGGUUGGAUCUAAAACUGGUACAACUGCAGAUCUUGAGGAGUAGGGCUGGAAAACCAUGGAUUAGAUGAUUCAGUAUUUUUGUUAACCAAUUGAGCCGAUGUACCCAAUAAAGAGGCCGAUGAUUAUCUUUAAAGCA